AUGUAUAUGAACAUCCGGCAUGGAAAUCCGAAUAAGCUUCCUCCAGGACCAGGACGUCUUUCUUUUCUGGCUGAUUUCAUAUUACGACCAUCAAUAUUCAGAGAAAUGCCGCAUGAAAUCUUCUAUAGAUUGUAUCGACGAUAUGGAUCAAUAUACAUUGUGGAACUUUUCAUGGUCAAACUGGUAAUCAUCCACGGAGCUGAACUGAUACGAGAGGCUUUUCACAACAAGCACAUCCGUGAUAGACCGUCCGUAAGAAUCCUGCGUCAUGUGCUGCACGGUGAAGGGGUGGCAUUUGCAUCAGGAGAUGCAUGGAAAGUUCAGAGGAAGACUGCAAUUACCUUCAUGAAGGACUUUGGUCUGAACAGAACGGAUUUUGAUGACCAGAUUGCGGUUGAAGCUGACCAUCUUGUGGCUGAGAUGUCUAAGCAUGAAGGCCGGCCAUUUAGUCCCUAUGUCCUCAUGGCCAAUGCCGUAUCCAACGUUAUCUGCAAGAUGAUAUUUGGUACUCGCUACGACUAUUCCGAUCCCCAAUUUAAGCAGCUACUAGGGGCAAUAUACCGCAAUAUCCAGCUAAUAGGGGGCGUCACGGGUGCUCUACAAGUCAUGCCUGGUGCCCACCUGUUCGCUUGGUUACUGCCUCCGGUAAGAGAAACCGGAAGAAACCUCCAACUCAUACGUGAUUUCACGAGCAAGGCUGUUGAAGAUCACAUGAGAGACUUUGAUCCAGAUCAUCCACGGGACUUCAUUGACGUGUAUCUCCGAGAAAUGAAAUCUGCUGUAGGGAACAAGUCUCAAGCAAACCUAAAGGACAUGUACGCAACAGUGUCCGAUCUCUUCAUAGCUGGUACCGAGGCUACGUCAACCACAGUGCGAUGGGGGAUGUUGUAUAUGAUGGCAUAUCCGAACAUACAGACCAAGGUGCAACAAGAGAUUGACGCAAUUGUAGGACGUAACAGCUACCCCAGGAUGUCUGACAGGCCCAAGCUCCCAUACACAGCGGCCACCAUUCUUGAGAUUAUGCGCCUUGGCAAUGUUGUUCCUCUAGGAGCACCCCACCGGGCCUCCCAAGAUACUGUGAUCGGUGGCUACCACAUCCCAAAAGGAAGUAUUGUCUUCGCCAAUAUAGGAGCAAUCGGACUUGAUUCUACGGUCUGGAAAGAACCAGACAGGUUUAACCCAGCAAGGUUCUUGGACGAGUCCGGGAAACUGGCCAAGCGAGAAGAUGAUAUGAUACCCUUCUCAACAGGCCAUCGCAUAUGUAUCGGAGAGCAAAUGUCAAAAACCGAACUCUUCAUCUUCUUCACACGUCUCAUCCACAGGUUUACAUUCCGUAAACCGGACCAUUCUCCGCCCAUCUCCUUCCAUGGUGUAGCAGGGAUCACCUUAUCUCCUCUUCCAUUCGACAUUUGCGCAAUUCCUCGAGACUGA